AUGGCUCCACUGCUGGCGCAGUAUCUGAGUUGGAAUACUGCACGUCUUAUUGCGUUAAUAUUGAACGCUUUAAAUGGUAUUGAAAAUUAUUAUGAACAACAUCUGAGUGAACUUAAUGUUGAUGGUCUGUUCGGAUUGAGGGUGAUUCAAGGCCAACUCAAGAGCAUUUCUACGGAUUUGGAAGGGAGUAAUUUGGAUAGAGAGUUGAUGAAUGCGUUAUAUAACCUCAGUGGACGUGCAAAUGAAAUUGCCGGCAAAGCAAUUCCGUAUGUGAUUGAACGUGAUCCAUCUUAUUAUCAGCAGUUUCGUUAUCUGUUAAAUCGUCCGUACACAGUAAAACAUUCAAUACAACGCAGUGAUGAGCGUUUGCGUUGGUUGGAUAAAGAAUUAGUGAGUAGAAGAUUUGGUAUUGAUGAAGAACGAACGAUGUGGUUCGACGAGAAACAAAGCGAU